AGAUACAAUAAGGAAAUAAGCUACAUCACAGCACUGUCUAUGCACAGAUUGCUUAAUGCAAUAUGCUUAAUGGAGCUACCUGAGUGAUUCACAAAAUUCAAAAUCAACUUUUGUUUUAAUUGAAUCAAAUCGUCCUGUUUACUGCUCUUGAGCAAUUCUCUCGAAGAUAACUUCAUAUCCCACAAUUCCUACUUCCGCAACCUAGCAGGGCAUGUUGACUAGCAUUAGAAGAAGGUAACGUUACUUCAGUCUGGUCUAGUCCCUGCUUGUUAGUUAGCUAGCUAGCUAGCUAGUUGCAGCGACAAGGGAGUUGUGGAGCCCACCAAUCAAAUGCAGACAGCUCGAGAAAUGAAAGUCAGGUGUGCAUCCCUGCCCUAAGUAGCAGCGAUGGAUGGAGAAGCCCACAAGGGGACUGUGUCAUGGGAGGAUGGUACUCUGGCUCCUGUGGACCACCUUCGCUCCGAGAGGGCGGACAGCCCCACACCCGGUCUGGUGGAGGGAACUGAACCAGGUGCCGGUCAGAAGAGUGCUAUGUUUGUUCAUGCACAGUCUUUCGAGGAUCUUACCGCUGAGGCUGAGGAUGAGGUUCGGAGGGAGGCCGAACUGGACAAGUCGGGCGAGUGUGCAGAGGGGCUCAAGGUGCUGGUGGGAGAGAAAACCAUAGAGGAGCAACACAACAACGACAUUACAUCAGAGAGUAGGACUAAGGAGGAAGACGUGACCGGCGAGGCAUGGAGGAGCCACAGAAAACACGUGUUUGUGCUGAGCGAGGCUGGAAAGCCAAUCUACACCCGCUACGGCACGGAGGAGGCUCUGUCCAGCACCACGGGGGUUAUGAUGGCCCUCGUAUCCUUCGUUGAGGCCGAGAAGAACAUCAUUCGUUCCAUCCAUGCAGAUGGCUGUAAAGUGGUUUUCCUCAGCAAGAGUCCUCUGGUCCUGGUGGGCGUGUCUCGAACCUGUCAGUCAGACAAGGAGCUGCUGCGAGAGCUGCAGUACAUCUACUACCAGAUCGUCAGCCUGCUUACCCUCACCCAGCUCAACCACAUCUUCCAGCACAAGCAGAACUACGACCUGCGCCGCCUGCUGGCCGGCUCCGAGUACCUCACCGACAACCUGCUGCACCGGCUGGACCGAGACCCCGGCCUGCUGCUCAGCGCCGUCACGUGCCUGCCUCUGGCCAGCUCCGCCAGGGACAUGGUCUCAUCGGGCCUGCAGGCCGCCAAAUCCAAGAACCUGGUGUUCUCCAUCCUGCUGGCGGGGGACCGCCUGGUUACUCUGGUGAGGAAAAAGGACCAGUUCCUGCACCACAUAGACUUGCACCUGGUCUUCAACCUCGUUGGCUCCUCCUCGUCCUUUCGAGAGGGCGAAGGCUGGACGCCGAUCUGUCUGCCAAAGUUCAACACCGCAGGAUUUUUCCACGCUCACAUUUCCUAUCUGGAGCCUGCGUCUGAGCUCUGCCUCAUCCUGGUCUCAACCGAUCGAGAGGACUUUUUUAACAUGUCCGACUGCAAGCGGCGGUUCCUGGAGAGGCUGAGCAAGCGCAGUGCCUACCAGGCCCUGAAAGAAGCUCUUAAAUGUCCCAGCUAUUCUGUGGCGCAGGUCGGCAUCCCGGAACUCAGGCACUUCCUGUACAAAUCAAAGAGCUCAGGGCUGUACACCAGUCCAGAGUUCCCUGAAGUGUACCAGUCUGAUAAAGAGCAGGAAAGGUUGAUGGGACUGUACCAGGACCUCCACAGCAGCUUGCAUCAUCCAUCCAGACCUCUCCGCUCCUUCUACCGCUGUAGUGAAACUGAAAACCUGCUGGCAUGGGUGACAAGUGGCUUCGAGCUCUACCUCUGCUUCAGUCCGCUGGGGACCAAGGCCUUGGCCGUCUCUGCUGUCAACAAACUGCUGAAGUGGAUCAGGAAGGAGGAGGAUCGCCUCUUUAUUCUGAGUCCUCUCACAUACUGAGCCCUCGCUGCCGGCUGGCCUCCUGAAACAAAAAGCAUCACCCUAAACAUUGACGGCCUGGUGCUAACAACAGCUGCGGAUGAUGCAGUAGUAGUCAGUUCAGUGUUCACAAAUGAUUGUCAGAGCUAUGCUUUUUUUUUUUUGCUUCCGGGUUCCCCUGAUCUAAUUCACAGAUGUGUAAUGAAGUAGAUUGUGCAAUGAAGGUAAGUUAAAGAUGUAUUUUAUCUGGCUAGAUUUUUAUUAGUUCAAUUUGAAUAACAACAGAUGGAAGCGGCAUCGGCAUCAUCGAAGACCCAAUAACAACAUGAACUGGGGUGUUGGUAUGCUGUUGUUUUAACUUUAACAGACCUAUACAUGCCUCUCACAAUAUGAAAGAUGCUGUCUUUGUUUUAUAAAUCCUUUCUGCUCAUUUCUUCAAAAUCAAGAAUAACAUUUCAAUUAAAAAACUGUAAUUUUCUAAGGACCUGCAGUAGAAUGUGAUCACUUGAUAAAAGGUAUACUGUCAAAAUAUGGGUUGACACCAUUCCUGUUGUGUUUUAUCUUUACAUGAUGAAUAACCAUAAGAACCAUCGUAAUUUUAAAUCUAUGCACUUUCUUAAUGCAAAAGGCACUCCUUAGAGAAAUGCGUUCAUGUGUAUGUAACCUGUUUACUGCUGUCAUUUUUCUGUGUUAACAUGUAUUGUCAGUGUAAAGGAAUCAACAUUUCAGUCACUUGAUCUUCCAGUUACCAUUAGAAUGUUCUCUAAUUUACCAUAAUUUGUAUGUUAAUUAAGAAAAGUAUUGAUUUGUAUCUGCUUGUGUCUAAUCAUAAAGGUUCACUGUACUUCAUGGGAUCCUGCUUUGCAACGUUGUCACAUCUGCCUCCACUAAAUCAUGCCUUAACUAAGGGUUAUUGUACAAGGCCAAUUUAAGGUUGUAACAGAGCAGAUUUAGGGCUGCUGCACAAUUCCAGAAUUAUUAGAUAUAAAUAAAUACAUGGCUGGUGAUAAAACA